AUGGCUGAAACUAGAACAAAAGGGGCCUCCCUGUUUUCUCCUUACAACAUGGCCAAGUUCACCCUCUCUCACAGGGUGGUGCUAGCGCCCAUGACACGAUGCAGGGCGUUGAAUGGGAUACCAGGGGAUGCGCUCGUGGAGUACUACACGCAGAGGUCAACUCCCGGUGGAUUUCUCAUCACCGAAGGCACUCUCAUCUCUCCAACCGCUCCUGGGUUUCCUCAUGUGCCUGGAAUUUACUCUGAUGCACAAGUGGAGGCAUGGAAGAAGGUGGUGAAUGCGGUUCAUGCCAAAGGGAGCAUCAUAUUCUGUCAACUAUGGCACGUUGGCCGUGCAUCUCAUCAAGUUUAUCAACCUGGCGGGGCAGCCCCAAUUUCAUCGACAAACAAGGCUGUCUCAAACAGGUGGAGAAUUCUCAUGCCAGAUGGGACCUAUGGCAUAUACCCAGCACCUCGAGCCUUGGAAACCUCUGAAAUACUAGAGGUGGUGGAGCAUUAUAGCCAAGCAGCCUUGAAUGCCAUUCGAGCAGGCUUUGAUGGAGUUGAGAUCCAUGGAGCUCAUGGUUACCUUAUUGAUCAAUUCUUAAAGGAUGGGAUCAAUGAAAGAAUAGAUGACUAUGGUGGAUCAAUGGAAAACCGGUGCAGAUUCUUACUGCAGGUGAUUCAGGCGGUAGUUUCCGCUGUCGGUGCAGAACGAGUAGCUUUCCGAAUGUCACCAGCAAUCGAUCACCUUGAUGCCUCAGAUUCCGAUCCACUAAAUUUAGGCCUUUCAGUGAUCGAGAGAAUCAACAAAUUCCAGCUACAGGUGGGCUCAAAACUCACCUAUGUCCAUGUCACUCAACCGCGCUACACAGCUUAUGGCCAAACAGAGUCAGGCAGACCUGGCACCGAAGAUGAGGAGGCCCAAAUGAUUAGGACUUGGAGAAGGGCAUAUCAUGGUACUUUCAUGUGCAGUGGUGGGUUCACUAGGGAGCUGGGAAUACAAGCAGUUGCUGAAGGUGAAGCAGAUUUGGUAUCCUACGGUAGACUUUUUAUCUCAAACCCAGACUUAGUCUUGAGAUUGAAGCUUGAUGCACCCCUGAAUAAGUACAACAGGAAGACUUUCUACACCCAGGAUCCUGUUGUUGGGUACACAGAUUACCCUUUCUUGAGCCAAGCAAAUGGUGGACAGGCACCACUGUCACGCCUUUGA